AUGGAUAAGGCGCUGGUCUACGAAACCAGAGAUUCUGGGUUCGAUCCCCAGCGGAGUCGAUUUUUUAUUUCUUGCGCGCCAUUCCGUUUGCCGCGCGCACAGCCAAAAGGCCUUGCCGCCAUUUCGCAAAAUUCCCCACCAAAACUGACCACAUCGCCCGCGCUCUCUCCCUCUGCCAUUUUUUGCGGCCUGAAGCGAAGAAGACGAGAGGAGAUGGCGGCGAAGGAGGCUGACGGGGACCGCUUCAUCGAGAUGGUAUCGGCGGGGGCGCUUUACCGCGGCGGCGAAUGGGAGCGCAAGUACUGGAGCUGCUCAAGGGGCAAAGAUCGGUACCCGUACCCAGUGGGCUAUCACGCCGUCCGCCAUUUCUCCGGGAUAUCGUACGCCAUGGAGAUCCGGCAAGGACCCAGAGGGCCUGUAUUCCAGGUCACAUCCACCGAGGGAGAUUGCGCGACAGGCCAGACACCGGAUAUAGCUUGGAAGAACUUCCACAAGAAGACAGGGGCCAAAGUCAGGGACUGGCAGAGGCUGGGGAGCUUCCCUCAGAAGAUUGACGGUGUCGAGCUUUUUGGGUUCAAAAAUGCAUCUGUUCAGAGACUGCUUCGUCAGCUUCUAGUAGAUUCGACUGGAUUUGGAAUAGACAUGCCUUCUCCAAAAAUUUAUGGUGCUGCUUCACCGUCAACUGAUACGGUUGCAGCUGAUGUUUCUGAUGAUCACAAAGAGCAGCAUGUUUGUUUGGACAAGACAGUUGUAACUGCUAAAAGAAGUAUGAACCCGAUCCAGGAGGAAGGUACUGCUAAGAGAGCCCACAACCAGGAUAUGUUGACUUCAGUUGAUAACAGCACAGUAGAGUUGGAUAAAUCUGCUCGUCAAAGUUUCAACAAGGGAGAUCCUGUAAGCAACUCACAGUUGUCUGUUGUUUCUACUCCAAUAUGCAUGCCUCCAUUGCUGGAGGAAAUACCCUGUGAUUCAAAAUGCACUCUGGUUAAUGAUAAUUUGGGAGAUUAUGUUCCAAAUUCAUCUCAGGAAGAUGGUUUAUCUUCCAGUUCUUAUUUAGGCUCUGAAAAGUCUGACUUGGAAGCAGCAGAGAAGGAAGUAGCUAGGUCUAUGAUGACAUUUUUGCUUCCCCAAGCUAUCCCCCUUCUGGAGAAAACUUACAGAAGAAGGAAGGUUAAGCAAAAAAAGAAAGAAGAUGCAGUUUUAGCGAGAAGUGUUGCAGCUCAAAAUCCCUCUGCUGAUGGUUGCAAAGCAGGUGCCACUUCGCCUACAAGUGUUGGUGAAGGGAAUAUGAAUGGCUCUCAAACACAUGUACACAAGGAACCUCUGUGUGAGGCGGUUAAAGACAUCGGUCCUAAUGAUGAUUGCAUGAAAGAACAGAUCUCUAAAUCAGACGACAUGAAAGCCGUUGUCGCAGAUAGUUUUGAGGAUGAUGGACAGAUUGGGGGUGACAGCAGAUCCAAACCUACGGGUGCUCACCAUGAGUUUGAUGAUGCAUGCUCUAAGGAACCUAACGAGAACUUAAAGUUGUUAAAGAGCACAAGGGAAAGUCAUGCUCAAUUUUCUGAGAGUCAGGUUGAGGUACACAAUAGAAAGGAUAUUCCUGAUGUAGUAUAUGAUCAUGAGAAAGGUCAGUAUGUUUUGUCUGAUUCGCUCCUUGCUUGUCUAGAGGAAGAGUUUGGCAUGGAUGAUAGUUCCCACCCCGCGCACUACAAUCAUGGUAACAGCAAUGUUGAACCAGUGCAACGCCAACAGCAGUUGAAGGACCCAAAAGAAGGCAACAAUGGCUCUUCAAUAUCCACAGACAGGGCAGGUGACAAGAACAUGGGCAAUGGACACGAUGUUUCUCAUGCACUUUCAAACAUUAAUCAUGUGAAUGGUCUACUAUCCAAACACCCAGGAACAUCAGCAAGAGGAUCAGAUCAUCAUCUAGAACUUAUGGGCUGCUACCUGCACCCGAUGCCCGUCUUGUCUAUCAUGCUGAACACCAAAGACAGUAGCAGCUUACAUAUUUAUGUACUUUGUGGAUCUUCAGAGAGCUGUAAGAGAUUUCUCUACGUAUAUGACAUCACUCUUAAUGAUCACCAUGAGAAACCACCUAAUUUUGUCGGUUACACUACCCUUCUACUACCCUCAUUGGAGCAGGCUUCUACCGGGAAUUCUACACUUGGAAGAUCCGGGAUACAGUUUACACCUGAUGGGCAGUUUCUUGUCCUCCUUAGCAGUAUACGGAUACCAUGUUGCAGGAUGCAAAGCAUUGAUUGUUCAUGCUCCUUGUGUAAAGUGGAUCAGUGCGGUGACAAUUCUCUGAAAAUUGUAUCUGUUAACUUGGGCUACAUCUCGCUGUUGACCAAAUUGAUGCCUUCUGGGACAGUGUCUUGCUUUUUGAUAUCUGAGCCAAAUUAUGUUGUAGCAGCGGAAGACAGCAGAAACUUGCAUGUAUGGAUUAUGGUCACUGGAUGGAGUGUGAUCUCUGAGGAGUAUGUCAUUUCUAGUUCCGGUAAUGUGGGUCCCUCAAUACUGGAGCUUAGAAAAAUGCCAAAAAGCAGCUCUCUCAUUAUUGGCCAUGAUGGCGCAGGUGGCUUUUGUUUGUGGGACAUCUCCAAGCGAACACUUUUGUCAACUUUUGCAGCUCCAGGGAACAUCGUCUUCCAGAUUCUUCCUCUAGGCCUCUGUAGUUUACAGGAGGAUGUCGUUCAUUCUUCAGUUGAUGACAUAGAGAGAAGGUUACAAGAGAUCACAGUGAGUGAGAUGUCAGAAAAAGAUGAUGGUGAGUCCAGUCUGAUGUUAUCAGGAAAAGAUAUAGCGGUUUGGAUUAUGGUAUCUUCUGCUUCAGUAGCUGAGUACCAACAUGACCUUCAAGCAAAAGAACACAAUGCUCGAUGGAGGCUAGCUCUGCUGGCAAACAAUAAAGUUUUAAUGGGAAAUAUUUUUGAUCCAAGGGCUACUUCUGUAGAUGCCUGUGGUAAUCAUGGAUUUGCUGGAACACAUGGAGGUUUCUUCUAUAUGUGGGAAUUAUCUUCUGGGAGAAAGCUUACCAGCACACAGUGCUUCAAUUGUGCUCGAGUUUCCUGUGUUGCUGUUGAUGCCAAAUCAAGCGUAGUGGCAGUAGCUGACGAUGGCUGCCAGCUAUUACUUUACGCUCAAAAGAGGGUGUAA